ACAUCAAACCUCUUCAACCGAAACUUUGGGAAAAUUAAACCAAAGAAUCAGAAAGAGGAUGAGUUUGUACGAGAAAAGUUUGGUCGGUCGUGAUGAACAGCAGGAAGAGAGUGGAUGGACUGCAUAUCUGCAGGAUUUUUCAGAGAACAAUAUGAUGGGCUCAUCAUCAUAUUCCAAUAACCAGGAAGAUUAUGAUUGCAGUUUAGUUAGCAGCCCCUCUUUGGUGUCUGAUGCUGCCACUUAUGGUGCAAGGAGGAAGAAGAAGAGUUGCAGUGAUCAUAGAAGAGUGAGGAAUAACACUGAAUGUUCUUCGUUGGGUGGCUCCCAGGUUCUCAGGAGAUUGAAUUUGAAGAACCCAAAAACCAGUGACAAAUAUUAUGAUCCUGAUUUGGAAGACACUGCUAGCUCUCCUGUCAACAGUCCAAAGGAUAGAACCUUCAGGCAGCAGGUUGAGAUUAACCCUAGAAGAAGUCAAAAUAAUGUUCUGAAUUAUCUGCAGGGAAAGGAAACUGGGUUUGAAGGAUUUCAAGAAAUGGUUAUGGGCGCAGAAGAAGAAAGAAGCAGCAUAAACUUUGAUGGAAAGAUUAGUACGGAGUGCAUAGACUUGAAGAAAAGAGGGCUAUGCUUAAUGCCUUUGUCCCUUUUAGUGAAUUAUCACAAGCAGUCUUUCUAGCUCCAUUAAUUAGCUUCUUCUUACCCCCAGAAACCACAUGUUGUAUAUCAAGAAGAGACAAGAACUAUGAUGCAUUGUCCAUGUAAUUAUAUAUCUGCACUUACAUA